CCAACUAUUCAUAGAAAUGAUCUUUCCAAGCUGCAGAAAUAAAGCAAACCAUGCAUAUAUAAAUCCUUCCAUUGGCUUUUGGAAUUUCAGAGCGAGAGAGAGAGAGAGAGAGAGCGAGAAAGAUGGGUUGCAAUCCUCUUGGCAAUGUUCUCCGAAGGCUCCGUGCCAAGGUGAACAGACGAAGGUCCCUGAAAGCCCAUCAACUUCGAGAAAGGAUGGCAAAAUCCGUAAUUCCAACCAACGACAACCCCAUUUACGUAGCCCACCCACCAUCCGAUCUCGCCAACACGACGCAUGGCCCACUCCCCCCAACGCCCAUUCAUAACUCAACCCACGUAUUUCCCGCCAACAGCGACACCAAAGAAGUCCUGCAAGUCCGCUUCUCCGAACCCGACACCCAUGACAGCAUCUCAACCGUCGAUUUCUACCGCGACCGAAACGACCCGGAAUGGUCCCGACACGAGUCGGGUUUCGCCAGCUAUAGUAACGGAUCCCCCGUUUCGGGUCCGGGAAACGAAGAUGGUAGUAGGAGGGACUAUUACUGUGGGGAGUAUCAUUACUAUCCUACCCCUGUUCGUGAGGGUACUUGCAAUCUUGCCGCUGAUAGUAAUCGCCUCACGACGAUUUUCAGCGACGAGAAUCCAAAUGCAUGUAAUAUCGUUUGAAAUUUAAAAUUAAAAACGUAAAUAUAAAAUGCUUUUUUUCUUUUC